AUGACAAAACCAAUGAAGCUCUGGGACUGUUACAAAGAUGAAUUUAAUGCAGAAGAAAAGUUCAAAAUUGUUAAUGGGAUGAGCUUUAGCCCAGAGGUAACGCACAUUGAAGCUGUAAAAAGUAUGAACACAUAUGACAAGAUGCGAGAUGAUGAUGUCAUAGUAUCUUCCUAUCCAAGGUCUGGAACUCAUUGGAGCAUAGCAUUGGUAGACCUAGUGAUGCAUGGUGGGGAUAUAGAAACUGUCAAAGAUAGACAUAUUCAUGAGAGAAGCACUUGGAUGGAUAUUCCAAUGGCAGUGCUUACUGGAAAGGCUGAAAUGAGUAUAGAAGGUACAAAGGAACAAGAAAACCCCAUGGUUGCUGCGGAGAGUGUACCAUCACCUCGCCUCCUCUCAACACAUCUUACUUAUGACUUUAUGCCAGAAUCAGUUAAACAAGGAAAAUGUAAGGUUGUCGUUAUACUUAGAAAUCCCAAGUCAGUUGUUACAAGUCUUCAUGUUUUGAAUGAUGUACCAGAGUAUUACAAAGUUGUGCCUACUAUUGACCAAACUAUUGAGGCAACAUUAUUAACAGAUGCUCAAGAUCAAAUGAUAUAUGGGAGUUGGUUCAAUCAUGUUAGUAAAUGGUGGAUGAACAAGGACAAACUGAAAAGAAACAUUCACUUCAUUUUCUACGAGGAUAUGAAAAAUAACAUGGGAGAAGUAAUCAAAGGCCUUGCAAAAUUCCUGAACAAAGGUAUACCAGAUGAACAAAUUAAGAAAAUGGCAGAACAUCUUCAAUUUGAGCAAAUGUUGAAAAAUCCCAAAACGGGCAAAGCAUUUGAGAACCUUAAAUUAACUGAUGAAACAAUUGAGUUCAUGGAAUCAGAUUCAUACAAAGCUGCACAUAUGAGGAAAGGUGUUAUAGAUGACUGGAAAACAAAGUUGACAGCUUCUCAAAGUAAAAGAAUUGAUGCAUUCCUUGGACCAAGGUUGGAAAAAAUUGGGCUGAAAUUCCAGUACGAGCAAAGAACUCGUGUCUGUAACAUCUUAUAGAUGUCUUACACAUGUUUUGUUUCAAAUAUGUGUAAUCUACGUUGUCAUUUAAGUAAAUUUUAAAUUGUGCCUUAUCCUUUAUGUAGAAGUUCACAGUUAAUAAUAAUUUGUGUGAAAUCUAUUUUCUAUGUUGUCAAGGACACUUGGUCCUUUAAUCACGAUUACAAAUAAUAAAAAGUACACUCCUUUUCUUUGUAAUAUUUUACACUUCAGUGAAUCUUGUUAAUUUUGGUCAAGUGAUUUCUUCGUCAACCUAUUCUAUACCGAGUAGAGCAAUUCCUGAGGUACUGUGAAGACUUGUAAGUCUGCGGAAGUACUUUUGUGUUAAACUUGUGAUGGAAUACAAGUUUUGUGUAUUAAUGGAAAAUGGAAAGGUUCUACUUGUAUUAAUAUGUGAUCUGAGCAGUUGGAGUACGAUGGCGUUUAUAUCUGUAAUCUGUAGAUUUUACCCCAAUGCAAACAUUCUUUUAUAUUGUAGGUAACACAUAUAUGUACUCAGUAAGAUAUGAUGUUUUGAUGAAAUAAAUUAUUUUAACAAUAAAAAA